GCCGCUAAUGACAUGGCCCAAGAACGUGCACAUUUCGAUCAACAAGUAGCCCUCGCAAGAGAUGCAUACAGGGAGUUCAGCGAGGAGAAAGAAGCCCACCAAAAAGCCAAAAUCGAGUGGGAGAAGGAAGUUCUGAGCCGAAUGGCAAAGGCGCCGUUGGAUGACGUUAAGAACAAACCGCCGAGGUCUCUGAGCCUUCAGAGGUCGAGGUACGCAGACAACGAUGAAGACACCCCAACAAAGGCCCCGAUGGAGACAUCGACAUACUCUGUCUCAAUCCCUCAUGAUGACACUCCGUCUAAAAUAUCGAAUCCCAAACAUCAUGUUACACCGGUGCCCCCUCUGCCGCCACAAGGGCCCCGCGCACCUGGAAUACAGCGCCUUAAGCCGCAGACCCACCACAUGAAUACAACACCACUCCUCCGCCCCGGCAACCAAAAUGAGACUCCACGGCGACUGAUGCCUUCAAGAAGUAUGACCGAUCUCGGCUCGGCGAUGAAAGGCGUGGUGUUAUCAGACACGGGAAUUGCGAUCCCAACGCCGGCUCGGAAGUUCAGCAAUGAGUCAAACACAGCCGGAUUGCACGCCAACUCACCCACUUCAUCAGCUUGCCCAACGGACUACCCCGAUACUACAGACACACAAGAAGAGUCGUCCAGCUCGUACGAAGACGUUGUCGAUACGAAGAACGUGACAGCGCGACCGCGAGUUGCCCGUCGGCGUUCUAUCGCACAACCAGUGCCGAUAUCGUCAAAUCGAGUAAAUAUUCCACCUGCCAUCCCAACGACACUAAUUCCUAGAGUGCAUCAACAGGGGAGUAUCGAUAAAGGGAGCUUGUCAUCGAAUCCCAGCAUCCAGGAUAGCGUCAAUGCGGCUAUCUCGUCUUCAUUACCACUGGCCCCUGUCUGGGAUUUCACUGAUGAGGAGAAUCUGCCCAGCCCCUUCAUGAAGCGCAAUACGGACUUCAGUGUGUAUGCACGCGAGGGAAGUGGUUCAGGAUCAGGGUCUACAUCAGGUGAUGGCAAGUACGCCGUGGGACCGGAAACCAAGAUGGCACCUCCUCAUGUUAGAAGUAUUAGCGCGCCGUCGGCGAAGACAGGAAGACAAUCGCUGAUCUCCCAGGCAGUCAAGGCCAGCGGGGAGGCGCAGAGAGCGUUGGCUCGGAGACAAGCGGAUAUGAAGCCUGGCAUGUAAUCCUUUUAUGAAGCGCAUGUAUUUAUUUUCCUUGAUUGGAGCUGUUGCAUUUCCCCCUAGGUCACCUACAUCUCUGCAUUUUCGUAUCUGAAAUUCGGGGCUAUGAAUAAUAUGAGAUCUUCAUAUUUACAUCAUUAUCUCCAACUAGUUCAUUGUACCCUUGAGCGGUACCACUCCGGCCUUGCUCCAGCACACUCCGCUCAAUUACUCCGCUGGAAGUGCUCAGACCCUGAUACGUCCUAGUUUGGAGG